AACUAUUUCCCAAUUCAUUUGUAACUAUGACACCACUUCAUAGUUUUGUUUGUUCUCUUAUUUUCUUACCCUUUAUCAUACUUGUAUCAUCUCAAACCUUAAGCCAUCAGGAACAAACCAUAGAAAACCCAUUGAUUCUUCAAGCAUGCAGCAAUAUUAGAGAUAGAAACGCGUGUCUCGCGAAUCUCAAAUCAUUUCUCGACAACCAUAACGUGGUUAACCAAAAGCCUGACUCGAUCCUGAGAGCCGCCCUUAAGGCAACAAUUAAUGAGACACAAUUAGCCAUGCAAAAGUUUACCAAGUUUGCCUCAUUAUCCUCAACUUCACGAGAGCAAAUCGCGAUUGAGGACUGCAAGGAACUCCUAGAUUUCUCGGUUUCUGAGCUUGCAUGGUCCUUAGCCGAAAUGAAGGAGAUUCGAGCCGGGUCUCAAAACCCUCAUUCCCAAGGAAAUCUAAAAGCAUGGCUAAGUGCUGCUUUAAGCAAUCAAGAUACAUGUCUUGAAGGUUUUGAGGGGACAAAUAGACACCUUGAGACCUUCAUAAAAGGAAGCUUAACACAAGUCACACAACUAAUUAGUAAUGUAUUGGCUUUAUAUACUCAACUACAUAUCCUACCCUUCAAACCACCUAGAAAUUAUGGGGGUCAAACUAAUACCUUCUUUCCAAAGUGGAUGACGAAAGGCGACAAAGAACUGAUGCUUGCAAGUCCAGAAGGGAUGCACGUAGACGUGGUGGUGGCGUUGGAUGGGUCUGGACGUUUUCGUUCCAUUUCUGAAGCCAUCAAUGAUGCACCGGAUCAUAGUAUACGUAGAUAUGUGAUAUAUGCUAAAAGAGGAGUUUAUAAAGAGAAUAUAGAUAUGAAGAAGAAAAAGACCAACAUAAUGCUCAUAGGUGAUGGCAUUGGAGCCACGGUUAUAACAGGAGAUCGAAAUUUCAUGCAAGGAUGGACUACAUUUCGUACAGCCACCGUUGCUGUCUCGGGUAAGGGAUUUAUAGCUAGAGACAUUACAUUCCGGAAUACUGCUGGUCCGCAGAGCCACCAAGGUGUUGCACUGCGUGUGGAUUCGGAUCAGUCUGCAUUCUAUCGGUGCAGCAUGGAAGGCUACCAAGACACUCUUUAUGCACAUUCUCUCCGUCAAUUCUAUCGUGAAUGCAGCAUUUCUGGAACUAUAGACUUCAUCUUUGGAAAUGGUGCAGCUGUCCUUCAAAACUGCAAAAUCUACACCAGGGAGCCUCUGCCACUACAAAAGGUAACCAUCACGGCUCAAGGCCGUAAGAACCCCAAUCAGAAUACCGGGUUUUCAAUCCAAGAUAGCUUUGUUUAUGCAACAAAGCCGACUUAUUUAGGAAGGCCAUGGAAAGAAUACUCUAGGACCGUGUUCAUGAACACAUACAUGAGUUCAAUGGUCCAGCCACAAGGGUGGCUAGAAUGGUAUGGGAACUUUGCAUUGAGCACAUUGUGGUAUGGUGAGUAUAGGAAUUAUGGUCCUGGGGCAGCAUUGUCAGGUCGGGUUCGAUGGCCUGGUUACCACAUGGCUAUGGAUGCAUCAACGGCUGAUUCUUUUACUGUUCGACGUUUUAUUGAUGGGUUAGCAUGGUUACCAGCAACUGGAGUAACAUUUUCAGCUGGUUUAUCUAAUUAGAUUGAUAUUGAUUGAUUUCUUGAAACAUGGCUAGUUUCUAGCCAAUGCCAUCAUUUUAUCCUUGAGUUGGUGUUAUAUAAUUGUUCCAAUUCAGAUUUAAUUUAGUCAUAUUGACAUAUUGUAUUAAUUAUGUACUACACAUACAUGAUUUAAAAUAUGUUCUAUGUAUACAAGGAAAAAUAAUGGAGAUCCUUUACGUAUAUACAACAAUGUACAAUGUGUGAUUGCAUAUGUUUCAAUUAUAGGGUUGGGGAUUGAUAUU